AUGCCGUCCGUCAGCGGAAUAUGGUUUCUGUUUCUCGCCACUGCUGCAACUUCCCUUCUGUGGGGGGUCAGUAUCUGGAACGGAACUGUCAAGGAACUGCUUUUAACAGCCUACCAUGGCAAGUUUGAAGAUGGCACUCCGUUUCACACUGAAUAUACCGGCUUUCUUCCACUCGACUUCCCUAUUGCUGUCCUAGUGGCCUUUUUCUAUUAUGGAACAAAUGGAUCCCACCCUGGCUACCAGCACUUUCUCGUGGAUGCCUAUUCCACGUUACAGCUGGCUUUUGUCUGGUUGCAUGUUGAAGGUCUCCGACUAGAGGACAAGCCAUAUUUGGUUGCAAAUCCUCUUAUCUGGGGUCUCCUUUGGCAAGCACUCGGUGGUGCCGUUGCCUGGCCUAUUUACUUUUUCUGUCACAUUCGCUGGUUUAACUCCCGACAGGAACAGCUUCGUCCGCUUUCCCUAUCGUCCGCAAAUGCUCUCCCAUUCAGCUUCCUUCUGGGUGCAGUCCUCCCUACCGUGAUUGGCAUGCUUCCGACCUGGUACCCUCGAUCGCCUCACGUCCAUCAGUUUGUACUAGCAGCGUGGCAGCCUGACCCUAUUUGGGUAGCAGUGAUUCAAGCUCUGUUCACAAAGCUCCUCUCUGCACCGGAAAACGCAAACAAGGCCGUGUGGUGGACGCGAGCUUCCCUCUUAUUGUCAGCGGUGGCGUGCACAAUCGGACACUCACACACUAUGUGGACGGUUAUUACCUCGUCCGAUGAGCGACUCAGUUUUUCACGCAUGUAUAUUCCCCAUCUAGUGAACGGACCACAGGACGCCAUGGUUCGACUCGCAAGCGGUCCCUGGCUCUUCCUACAAUACGAUCUAAUUAUAUACUCGUUGGCAAGAUGGUAUGGCCUUGUCGCAGCCAGAACAUAUCUUCGUCUCUGCCCCAAUGCAAACCUACUUGUCAUCGAUUCCGAUUCCACCGUGGGCGGCGUUUGGAGCGAGGACAGAUUAUACCCGAAUCUUGUCGCUCAGGUCAACCUUGGUCUGUUCAACUACACUGACACUCCUAUGCCGGCCGAUGGAAUGACCAAGGACCGCCAAGUGACCGGGCGUAUGAUCCAUAACUAUCUCCAGCGAUACGCCGAAGACCACGAUCUCCUCCGCUACAUUCGGUUCAACACCUUCGUCAACCGAGUGGAAAAGAUAUCCGGCGGAUGGCGACUAUACUUUCGCGACUCCGAGGAUAUCGUCGAGACUGCCAAGUUAAUGGUCGCGUCGGGGGUGACAUCUAUACCUAACAUGCCAUCUCUUGACGACACCGAAGUCUCCGUACCGGUUAUCCACUCUAUGAACCUGGGUGCGUCAUUUGAAGAUAUCAAGAGACCCGAGAUCAAAGAGGUGGUCGUCGUCGGAGCAGCUAAGUCUGCGUACGACGCUGUCUAUCUUCUCCUGACCAUGGGCAAGAAAGUCACUUGGGUAAUUCGACCAGGAGGUGCCGGUCCUCUGGCUAUUCUCCCGUCCAAAUUGCUCGGCUUCUGGACGAGUAUUGGAGUGGCAUCGACACGACUGAUGACUGGUCUGAGUCCUUCAAUCUUCAAUACCAACGGAAUACUGUACUCAGUUUUCCAGAAGAGUCCCGUGGGAAGAUGGGCGACUGGACGCUUCUGGGACACGGUGGCAUUCCUGAGCGACUUUCAUGCGGGAUACUAUAAAGGCGACCAUGUGGCCAAGCUACGACCGGAGAUCGACGGCAAGGGCAUUUUUUGGGCAAACUCUGGUCUUGGCGUUGUCACCCUGGACGAUUUCUGGUCCACCAUCCACAACGGCGACGUUACCGUGAUCCGUGAUGAUCUGGAUAGAAUCCAGGGCGACACGCUGAAUCUCAAAUCGGGCGAAAGUGUGCGCUCUGACUACAUUCUCAUGUGCACCGGAUGGGGCGACCACUUCGCCAUGUUCGACGACGGCACGAAACACGAAGUGGGCCUGCCGGUGCUGACAGCGAAAGGGGCCGUGGAUCCAGCAUGGGUGAAGUCCGACGCAGAUGCCGAGAAUUCCGUGAAUCGCAAGCUACCCUUCUUGGCGAAGUCAGCGGUGGUGCGGAAUCCCAAGAAUCUCCUGCAGCCGCAGAGGAAGUGGAGAUUGUAUCGUCGCGUGGUGCCAAUCAAGAUGGCCGAGAAGGGAGAUCGAUCGCUCGCGAUCCUUGGCCAGAUCCACACCGUGCAGACACCGCUGGUUGCUGAGGUCCAAUCCUUCUGGGCUAUUCUGUAUCUGUUGGGCAAGGUUGAACUGCCCGAUCACGAUACAAUGGUCAAGGAAAUCGCCGAGUGGAAUAUCUGGACGAAGAAGCGGUACCUGAGUCAGGGACAGAAGUUCCCCUACUCACUUUACGACUUUCUUCCGUACGUUGACACCCUAUGCAAAGACCUCGGUAUCAACUCCCGGCGUAAACCAAACGUUCUGGCCGAAAUCUUCUCGCCUUACCGACCAGAGGACUUUAACGGAUUCAUUGAUGAGUACAUGUUAAAGCGACUGAACGAGUCAGUCAGCAAGCCUAAGAAGGUCCAGUCUCACUUGAUUACUCGGCUGUGGGGGGUGGGUUUGAGCCUUGUUGUUUCUCUCUUUGCGUUGAGUAAGGUGAUCACUGCGUGA